GUUACGUCACCUUUAGCAUGUUGUGUUUUUCUGCCGCUGCUAGCUGUAUCCUCUUCGGUAAAAACAAGUGAAAUUUGUUCGAACGCGUCCUAAAAUUCAAGUAAAAGUAGCUCCGGCUAGAAUAUGGAUGAGGAUGUGCUGACGACGCUGAAAGUGUUGAUAAUAGGCGAAAGUGGCGUGGGGAAGUCGAGUCUCCUGCUGAGGUUUACAGAUGAUACUUUUGAUCCAGACCAGCCAGCAACAAUAGGUGUGGAUUUCAAGGUGAAGACUGUCGCCAUAGAUGGGAACAAAGCAAAACUUGCCAUAUGGGACACAGCUGGACAAGAAAGGUUUCGCACGUUGACACCCAGCUACUACCGCGGCGCACAGGGAGUGAUUCUCGUGUAUGAUGUCACAAAGCGGGACACUUUUACAAAGCUUGACAAUUGGUUGAAUGAACUGGAGACCUACACAACACGUAACGAUAUUGUCAAAAUGCUGGUUGGGAACAAAAUUGAUAAGGACAACCAUGAAGUGGAUAGGAAUGAGGGCCUGAAAUUUGCCAGGAAGCACUCCAUGCUUUUUAUCGAGGCCAGUGCAAAGACCAAAGAUGGUGUCCAGUGUGCUUUUGAAGAGCUUGUGGAGAAGAUUCUGCAGACUCCAGGGCUGUGGCAGAGUGAGAACCAGGGACAGAGAGUCCGUCUGGGGGAUCAGGAGCAGCACAGAGGCAGAGCGUGUGGAGGGUACUGUUCCAUACCCUGAAACGGGAUCAGACCAGUCUGAUAGGAAUGACUACAAACCAGAAACGGAGAAUGUGAAAAUGUCAAUGAGUGCCUUUUUAAAAGUAUCUCAUUGUUGGAUGGGUUUGGCUGACGGAAUUGACUUUGCUGUUUGCACACUUUUAAACCAUGAUUUGUCACAUGGCACUACUCCAUCUUCCAAAUAAUAUAGCUUCACGCAGAAACGUCUUAACAUCUUUUAAAUUGUAACCAGGCCAGGUGUACGUUAGGAGAGCACACGUCUGGUUUAAAUUUAUCUUGGUUCUGUUGUAUAUUAAGGCAUUAGGUGAAUGUAGCCACGUGCCGAUAACAUAACACGAAGUAAUUUGUAGGGUUAGAGGACAUAAUAUGUAUUCAGUAUAAUCAGUAUAGAAGCCUCAGCAAUCUUUCCAGGAAAAAGCCAGUUUAGUUUGUGUACUUCAGCAGCUGUGUCUGUCUCCACUGUACAGCUGGAAACAUAUCAUCUGUAUAACAUGCUGCAAGGCACGCAUGUUUUCAAGCUGUGUGAAAUACCUCAUUACUGGUCUGACCUGAGCUUUCUUUAUGCACCAGAACACUGUGAAAGCUCCUUAAGAAGAUAUUUUACAAUAGGCACCAGGCAUAUUUCACUGUUAGAUUCAUUUAAUGGUGUUUUCUGACCUUCAGGUGUUAGCAUUUUACGCUUGAAAGUCGCUUUGAAAUUUAGGUCAAAAGAUGCUUUCUGGAAUGGAUGGUUUGUUUUCGUCUUUCCAUGGUAACACAAAGGACUAUUUUGUCUUCUUUCUUGUAGGAUUUUCAUCAGCCUUGUUGUUUUUUUGUUUUUAUUCUGGUGGGUCGGGGUUUACAGUAUUUACAGCUUUUGAAAUAAAAUUCUGGUGCAUUUUCUUUGCCUUGCCUGUGUAUCUAUUUUGGUGACAGUGCCUCUCAGAUCACAAUGUGAUUAAAGCUACAGUGUGUAGGAUUUAGUGCCAUCUUGUGGUGAGGUUGCAGAUUGCAUUAUGUCAUCAUCACUGGUCACAUUUUGGUGAUAAAUUGUGAUAAGCAAUAUGUGUGAGCCUCUAUUUUACAAACUUGAGGGUUCUCAAACCUGUUAGCCUCAACUAGCAACUAAUGUGCAGAUGGUUAUAAAUGCAGUAAUCCUUUUCUGAUAAUAAACACCCCCAAAAUCCUACACAGUGUAGCUUCAAACUUUUAUUUUUCCCCAGACAAAUUUUUCAUAUCUUCUUUUUUCCAUCCUUGUGGUGAGGGCUUUCACAAUCUAAAAACAAAAACUUUGAAAGAUUAACAUAUUAGGACAGUGAAAAAUAACUUGGCAUGAAUUCUGGAAAGCUCACAGGAGUAUAGAACCUGACACAGGUUUGUCAGUGUUGUUAGUUCAUAAAUCCAAGCUGAUAAAUUUAAAAAAGGUGAAGCCCUCACGGCCUGUGUUAUUAUAAAUUAUUGAUAUAUUAUUGAUCUUUGCUGUGUUGUUCGGCUUUUUCUGUAUUGAAGUGGUCCAGAUGGUGUCCUGUAUGUGUACUGAAAGACGUUUCUCACACAAUCAAAGCAAACAUUCCAGAAAGCUUUGUUUCCAUCAUGGACAUGGUGGAUAGUAACUUCAGUACAGUAUGGGUUUGUUGUAAGAUUUCUUUGUUUAAAGUCUGGAAAAAACCCCACUGUAGUUUGCUGCCAUUCCUUUGUUUAUUCUUGUGCUUUUUAUCAUGGUGGUGGGUGGGGGGUGUGUGUGUUGUGAAUCUGCUUAUAUCAUGUCCAGCAGACGUUUAAAUUGACAUUUGCCUUAACAACGAAUGGCAUUUGCUAGCGUUACGGUCCAGUUCCAUUUGUAUUGUUUCAAAAUGAAAUAAAUGACAACCUCCAGAUAACAUUA